AUGAUUACCACUUUAAAAAAAUGUAACCAAGAUUUCGGUAUAUACACUUCAAAAGAAGAUUGGUUUGAAAUAACUGGAGAUACAAAAAUAUUUGAAAACGUUGAACUUUUGUAUGACAAAGAACUUUACAAUCAAAAUAAUUUUUAUGAUUUUAUUAAAUUUGGAAGUUUUGUUAAACCUUCAGCCAAACUUUAUGAUUACACAAUAAAUUGUGGAAUACAUGUUGCUAAUGCUUACAAACCUUUUUUGAAUGGUUGUUAUGAAAGUGAAGUACAAAAAUGAUUUUAUUUUUAAAUAAAUUGACGAAGAUAUGUAUUGUUAAAAAAGUUGAGUAAAAAUAAAGAAGAAUAAAAUGAGUUAUAAUUUAAAAUAAAGUAGACAAGGUUGAGAUUUCUUGAAAUAAAAUUUUGACGAAGAAUUGUAGGACUUGCAAAGCCAAAAUCAAAGUUGAGUGGAAAAUAUUGUACAAAACCCGAGUUGAGGAUACAGCCGAGCUUAUUAAUACUCUUUCAAAAUUUAAUUUACUUUACUAAAUUUAUCCAAAUAUUG